AUGAGCCACUUCGUCUCGCCCGACUGGCAGGAGUGGGAAAGUACCUCUUCGCGCCGGCAGAGUACGGUGUCGACCUCCACCGUGUCGUCCGCCUCGACGAGUAUCCUGUUCCAGACCCCCGCCAGCUCCCCGGGGUCUAACUCGCGCAAACAAUCAUGGCAGCUCUACGAUGAUGUGGUGCGGCUCGAGCUGAACCCCUCCAUGACGAUUAAUUUUGUGAAAAGCGGUCAGCUGUUCAAGCUGCGCUAUACAUACAUCGACGUGUGCAAGGACUCGACGGGGGCAUUGAAAUGUCUCGAGUUGGGGGGAGGACUCGGCCAGCAAGCCCCCUUCGUGCAUGCCUUUCACAACACCAAACUCCCUGUUCCGCACCUCGAACAUCCGAAAGAAUCCUCCGACUAUCCUCUUCGCGUUUCCUUUCUCGAGCACCAGACUGUGCAGACCGCGCAUGUGGUAUUCAUGACAAAACUAUCCUACAAAUUCGACAAUUGGGAAGAUUGCGUCCAGUUUCAAGAACUUCUCCUUGGAUCCAAACUGGUAUUUAUUGGAGGCAUGGCCGAGGCCAAAUCCAAGGGCCGCGGCGAAGAGUGCAUCAGCCAAAAUCUGCGCAUCCUCCGCGGACAGAACGGCAAACGCGUGAUGCUCUACUUUGCUAAUUCACAACGUGGAGGACUGAAGAAAUACGUGUCGCUUCCUCUCAACUGCGUUGGGAAUGUCAAACCGCCCAAAAAGGCCGGUCGGCCCGUGACGGUCGAACUCAAUCCAAAUUUCGAUAUCUUGUCGCAGAUGCGGAACUUUCAGAUCCAGUUUCUUGAUGAUGAUGGUCAGUGCAGACAUUUCUUCACGCCUAGCUUCUGGUCUGAGCCCCUCGCUUACUCUUCUUAG